GGGAGGCGGCCUUCUUUAGGGCGGCGCAGCCCCGAGUGAGUCGGAGUGAGAGGAUCAGCCUGGGCGCUGCUAUUGCGGGCGUGAGGAGACGCAAGGGCCGGGCCAGGUGGAUAAAAGAUCUCGCAGAUGGCAGAUAACAGUAAAACAGAAGAUGCUGCCUCAGAUUCUGUGGAAGCUGCUAAAGGUACCGGUGAUAAAAAAGAAAAGUUAGCAGACCAGGUAAUGCAGAAUCCACAAGUCUUGGCAGCUUUACAGGAGCGACUUGAUAAUGCACCUCACACUCCUUCCAGCUACAUUGAAACCUUACCAAAAGCAGUAAAAAGAAGAAUUGAUGCCUUGAAACAGCUUCAGGUGAAAUGUGCCCAUAUAGAAGCUAAAUUUUAUGAAGAAGUUCAUGAUUUAGAGCGAAAAUAUGCAGCCCUGUACCAGCCUCUCUUUGAUAAGAGAAGGGAUUUUAUCACUGGUGGUGCUGAACCCACAGAGGCAGAAGCAGAAUGGCACAGUGAAAAUGAGGAGGAAGAAAAACUUGCCGGAGAUGUGAAAAAUAAAGUAGUAAUAGAAGAAAAAGAAGCAGGAGCAGCUGAAGAGACAAAUCCCAAAGGAAUCCCAGAUUUUUGGUUCACAAUAUUUAGAAAUGUAGAUAUGCUGAGUGAAUUAGUACAGGAAUAUGAUGAGCCAAUUUUGAAGCACCUGCAGGAUAUCAAAGUAAAAUUUUCUGAGCCAGGACAGCCUAUGUCUUUCACAUUAGAGUUCUACUUCGAGCCCAAUGACUAUUUUACUAAUUCGAUUCUGACAAAAACCUACAAGAUGAAGUCAGAGCCAGAUAAGACGGAUCCCUUUUCAUUUGAAGGCCCUGAAAUUGUUGACUGUGAGGGAUGUACUAUUGAUUGGAAGAAAGGAAAAAAUGUUACAGUUAAAACAAUAAAGAAGAAACAAAAACACAAGGGCCGAGGCACAGUUAGAACAAUUACUAAACAAGUACCCAAUGACUCAUUUUUUAACUUCUUCAGUCCAAUAAAAGUUUCAGGAGAUGGAGAAUCACUGGAUGAAGAUUCAGAGUGUACUUUAGCUAUAGAUUUUGAAGUUGGACACUUUUUCCGUGAAAGAAUAGUUCCCCGUGCUGUACUCUAUUUCACUGGGGAAGCUAUAGAGGAUGAUGAUAAUUUUGAAGAAGGAGAGGAAGGAGAAGAGGAGGAAUUGGAAGGUGAAGAAGAAGGAGAAGAGGACGAAGAAGCAGAAAGUGAACCUAAGGUGUAAUUUAAGUCUCUUUAUCAUUCAUUCAUUUAUAGAAAGAUGCCAGCCAGCCUGCUGAAUGCAAACAACAAUAAGGAAAUACCACUUCAGAGUGAUAUUUGAACAACCUGUAACAAAUAUUUGGAUACCUGGCCUGCAGUUCAGGAUAUUCCAUUGCUGCAGCACAAUCUUAUUAACAACGCUUAAAACUAAAUUGUUUUCAAAUGCAUGAUUUUCACUAACUUUUUUCUUAUUUUUUUGCUUAACUUGUACAGUGGCAACUUAAUGCAUUUGAGAAAUAUGAGGUUUAAUUAAAGCACACACUCUACGGCCUUUGGUAUACUGUAGCUCAACCUGUUUCAGUAGGCUUUCAAAUUAAAAUUGGGGGGGAAACUAAUUUGCUCUUCUGAAAUACUUCCCCUCACUUCAGUGAAUUUUUUUAUCUAAAUAUUGUGGAAUAGUUCACAUGAAAAUAUAUUGAAUUAAUAAAAUACUUGCAGUGAAAACAAAUAAAGCAAUAUGAUUUCUGCUAGCUCUUAUUCCCUCUAAAAUAACAUGAUUCCUGCAACCUACCAAUCAGAACUAGUGCUAUAGAGCAGCUUGAAACAUUGUCAUCUCCAGUAAAAGCAAUCUGAAUUUGAAGUAACGUUUCCUUUAUCUUCUUUGAAGAAGGUGGUGGUUGACAGAUACUUAGUUGUUCACCUUAUUUAUUCAUGUUUGUAAGUACUUUGAUGAACUAGUGCUUUUAAUAGUUUUAAAUAUACUUGAAGAAUAUUUUUCCUGUUUAUAAAAUAUGGGUACUUGUACAUGGAAAACAUAGUCUGCUCACAGAAUGAUUGCUCAUCAAACAUUUCAAAACAAUCUGGGAAAGGAGAUCUUGAGACGGGCCUCAUAGUUGAUGGAAGUGGGUUGCAGCAGUAAAAUGUAUCACUGGUCUAGCUUAGCCUACAUUACCAAGCCUGGUUCAGAUGGUCCUCCAAAACAAGGAUUGGGAUUAAGCUACAGCUUUGUGUGCUUCCUCCCCUCUUGUGGGCAGCUUCACUUUUCAGUUUCUUUUUGAGUGCGAGGCAUAAAUUAUUGUGAAGUCUGAACUGGCAAGCUGUGGUUUGCACUUCAAAUCAGAAUUGUUGGUUUCAAAUUCUAGAGGUAAGUAAAGAUCAAAGCUUGCCUAUUCAGACAUGACAGCAAACUAUGACAUGCACAAAAGAGGAUUCUGAAAAUGAUGCAAGAAUGGGAAGGAUGGUAUGUUUCUGAUGGUUUAGGGGGUCAUCUGAACUGUGCUUAUGAGAGUCAUUUAAUUGGGAAAAUAUAAAUUAAAUUAUAUGUGAGUGUACUUCUGAUAUUUAAUUUGCAAUACUCAUAUCACACUGUUCCACACUCCAGUGGUUUUAAAGCUCCAGAAUCCUUCAAAAGAUCUAUUCAGAAUUACAGUUCUCAUUUCUUCAACAUACAAUGCCAGCUUUUGGCAACAGUUCAUUAGCAACUGUAUGAAUGCUGUUACCAGGCAUGUAGAGAGUGCUCCAGCCUUACCUUAUACAUUUGUAACUUAAUACAGUGUUUUCAAUUUGUACAGAAUAGUUAGAAUAUUCUAUUAAAGUUGUGAAACAUGAA